ACCGUCUGGAGCCGUUCUCUCCUUUCGGGCGUCUCUCGGUCCUUCAAAUCAUUGAGAAUCAACAUUGAUAGUCUCGAUAUUCUCGAUUUGUUGAAUUCGUAGCCGGAGGAAUGCUUGUACGCGACAUCGCAAUCGGAUAAAUGCAGCGUCUUCGUGGCUUCAACGGCUUUGUCGCCGAUAACUAAUCGUAGUAAGCGCGAAUCGGCGAGCUGAGGAAACACGUGUGCAUUCUGUUCUACCGCGAGCUUGUCGCGCGCGGACAAGGAUCGUCGGCACGACGUCUCUUCCUUGAUAUGCCUGGAGUGCAUCGCUCGCGAAAUCGUCGACGUUACACUUUAUCCUAGCUCCGAUUAACGAUUCUACCCUACGCCAGUCAGUGGCGAAUAUGGCGGCGAUGGAUGGCGAAGCGAAGCUCGACAUGUAUGAUGAUGUCACGUAUGUUGUUGAUCCUCAACAUGUUGAGGGUGAGAUGACAGUUGGUACAAAACAGAGGUCGACUUUAGGAGAACCAGAAUUUAAUACAUUAGAUGAACCUAUUAAAGAUACAAUUUUGAGGGACGUUCGAGCGGUGGGCAAGAAGUUUUUCCAUGUUUUAUAUCCUAAAGAGAAGAAAAGUUUACUGAAAGAAUGGGAUUUAUGGGGACCAUUAAUAUUGUGUACUUUUAUGGCAAUGAUAUUGCAAGGUUCAACUGACAUAGCAGAUAGUUCAAACGAUGGAGGGCCUGAAUUUGCAGAAGUGUUUGUUAUUGUAUGGAUUGGAUCUAUGGUUGUUACAUUGAAUUCGAAAUUGUUGGGUGGAAAUAUAUCUUUCUUCCAAAGCGUUUGUGUCCUAGGGUAUUGCUUAUUACCGACUGCCAUCGCUCUAAUUUUAUGCAGAAUCAUACUAAUAGUGCAGCAAAGCAGCCUUCUAUUUACUCUUAGGUUGGUGAUCAGCAUGAUUGGAUUUUUGUGGGCAACGUAUGCAUCGAUGGCAUUCCUUGGCGACAGUCAGCCCACAGGCAGAAAGGCAUUAGCAGUAUAUCCAAUUUUCCUGUUUUAUUUUGUUAUAUCAUGGCUAGUUAUAUCCCACACUACAUAAAACGCAACAUAAUAAUUAAUCUGUUACAAGACUGCGCAUUGCUCCGACCUUCCGCGUAAAUAUCAGGAGAUGACAAAAGAUAAUCAAAAGGUGAUGCAAUGUUUUUCAUACAUGAUAUUUUCCAAGUCCUGCAUUUGGACAUAUUCCAAUAUUGUGCUUUUGUGAAUAAUACACAAGUAUAAUAUAGACAAGUAUUUAUUAUUAUCUUACAAGGGAAACACCAGGUAACGGGGUCGGAGUUUUUGAUGCGCUUUUUACAGGCUGUUCUUGAGCGAAAAAAAAAAACGAUAUGUGUCCGGCCGUUUCAGCCAUUGGCCCAUAGUUUCGAAGAAAUCGAUUUUACGUAUCAUUUUUUUUUCGCUCAAGAAUAGCCUGUAUAAAACGCAUCAAAAUCCCUAACCCCACCUGGUAUUCCCUUUGUUAGUCAUUCAAUAUGUCAAUUAUGAUUAUAUUAAGAGACUUUUAAUUAUAUUUAAAUCUCACUAAAUGCACACUGCAAUUCAGAUAAAUUCUCAAUGUCAAUACAAAAAUAGAUUCUUUCUCCAUGAAUGGAAAAUUUGUCAGAUUGGUAUAUAUUUAU